GGACUAGGUGAACUAUUUACCCCCGCACUAUAUAAAGCCGCAUCUAUGGAACUGAUAGGGUCUGCUUUGUUUUUAUUUAUGUCAUUGUCUAUAUUAAUUUCAUCAGUAAACUAUUAUAAUUUUGCGUUCAAUUCUGAUGCUGCUAAUUUCCCGCCCGAACAAGUAUUAAACUCUGUACCAAACUAUAGAAUUCCCGUAACCGCUGGUGUUUUGCAUAUACCCCUACUAUUUUUAUUAAUCUUAGCAACUGCUCCAAUUUCAGGCGGUCAUUUAAACUCAAGUAUAACUUUUGCAACUUUCCUGGCCGGCUAUACCUCAUUUACUAGAUGUGUAUUUUAUAUUAUUGCACAAUUAACAGGUGGAAUUAUAGGAUCAGCUAUAUUAAGGGGCAUACUACCAUUCAACAUUAUGAAGAGGACCAACUUAGGUAUUUGCACGUUUGGAACAGAUAUUACCUAUGGAGGUGCAUUGGGUUUAGAAUUUAUGCUAUCAAUGUUAAAUUUAUUAGUGGCAUUUGGUGUUGCAUUGGACCCACGUCAAACCUCCCUAUUAGGGCCAAUAGGUGGUGCACUUUCAGUAUCCUUUACAUUAGGCUUAUCGAUUAUUUCAACAGCUGGUAUUGCCCCAAACUAUAUAUUUGGUUUUAAUAUUACAAGAUGUUUAUGCCCAGCAAUUGUAGUGGGGGAUCUUACAAAAAUUUGGCCGUAUAUAGUGGGACCACUUAUUGCAUCAUUCACUAUUGGUGUUUAUAUAUAUUUAGUACCGCCAUUUAAAUCCUUUCAAGCACCACAAUAUAUAAUUGAAAAAUGUAAAAAAAUUGAAAAU